UUGAUGAUCAAGAAUAUAUUGAAUAACAUGCUGCUAAUAAAUCUUGUGCUCAGCUCUAGUAUGUCAACCUAGAGCCACCUAAAAUAUGCUCUGUUUUUUAUAUUACUAUGCUCUGUUUUUCAACAUUUUUAGUUUUCUUUCAUGUCUAAAAAAUCCCUAGUUUUGAAGGGUGCCAAUUGCCAUUGCCAACUAACCUAUGAAAUUAAUUAAGUGUUGUUGAUGUUGUUGAGCACAAGUGCAUUGCUUUUUUUUAUCAGUUUUCUUUCAUGUCUAAAAACUUGGCUCUGUUCCAACUAUUGCUAACUAACAUACCAAAUUAAUUAAUUGUAGUUGAUUAUCUUCUGCUCAAAACUUCUGCUACUGUAAUAUUAUAUGAUAAUGUUGUAAGGGUAGUAAUUGGUCUCUUCUGCUGCUUAUCAGAGAUGGGGGGGGGAGGCCGCCACCGCAGGCUGCGCUCUGCCACACCGGAGUAUGACUUGGAAGGUUUCGAGUUCUUCACGAUCAUACUUGAGAAUUCCUCCAAGAGGCAGGUAUAUAAAAGGAGAUAUCUCCCCUUCACCCAUCUCUUUAUCAUAACUCUGUUGUUUCCUACAUCACUCCUUGACCCACGUUGUAGAGGCCGCCUGACACUUUUAUGGAGAUGCUGGACGGCCAUCGGCCAAAGAAUGUGAAGCUGCGAUAGGCCGGCAGCGGGCUUCGCAGGCUUUGGGACGUGGAGGUGGUGAUCAAGAACGACCACAUGUACCUGUGUCGUGGCUGGGAGCAGUUCUUCCGUGCCUAUGACCUGCGGCACAGGUACUUCCUUGUCUUUAGGUACGACGGCGACGCCAUGCUCAUCGUGAAGGUGUUCAACACGAAUAUGUGCCACAUGCGCUACCAGGAGGACGGUGAUGCCAGCAAUCAGAGCAGCGAUAGCGACUCUGGCUACAACAAAAGCAACACCGAGUCUGGCUACAGCAAAAGCAGCAGCGAGGAUGAUCCAGAAUGGAGUAGGGAAGAAGAGGAGAAGAGUGGGGAUGAGGAGGUGCAACCUAUUCUAUCUGACGAUGACCUCGCGAUGGUGGUGGCUGACGAUGGACAAGCGAUGGUGGUGGCUGACGAUGGACAAGAGAUGGUGGUGGAUGAGGAUGACCUAGCGAUGGUGUUUCCUGAAGAUGGCCUCGCGAUGGUGGUGGUGCCUGACAAUGACCUCGCGAUGGUGGUGGCGCCGGCGAUCCCACAACCGAGCGACAUGACCAUGCCAAUUGUGGUAGAAGAGUACAUCUCACUGCCUCGCCGCUCUAAGCGCAUCAGAAUGAUGAAGGAGAAGGAGUGAACUAUGUCAGGUUUACAUGAAGAGCGAGAAUGCCGGCAGCUGGAAUUCCGGGCUGGAAAAGGAGCAAAU